UACAACUUUAUGCAUUGCUCAGUACAAAAACUGGGUGCAUUGGUAAUGUUAACAACAAGUUCAUACAGAAUCCAAAUGGAUAUUCUUAUGGUGAGAGUUGAAUUGUGAAUUCAAUUUCAGUAUUGGAAAGGACAUAUCAAGCCUCAAUAAGUCCUAGCACCUUAUCCAAGUGACCACCAGUUAAGUUCUUACAGCAUUCAGUAAAAAUGUGCACAGGAGAGAGACCUUACAAGUGUAGAUUCUGUGACAAGACUUUUACUCAAAAAGGCAAAUGCACUGUGCAUGAAAGAAUUCAUACCGGAGAGAAACCUUACAUGUGUAGAUUAUGUGGCAAAACUUUUAAAUGCAAAACUUCUUGCAUAGAGCAUGAAAGAAUUCACACAGGAGAGAGACCUUUUAAGUGUAGAUUCUGCGACAAAAUUUUUAUUCAAAAAGGCCAUUGCACUGUGCAUGAAAGAAUUCAUACUGGAGAUAAACCUUACAAGUGUAGAUUCUGUGACAAAACUUUUACAGACAAAACUUCUUACAUAUAUCAUGAGAGAAUUCACACAGGAGAGAAACCUUUUAAGUGUAGAUUCUGUGACAAAACUUUUACUAAAAAAGGCCAUUGCACUGUGCAUGAAAGAAUUCAUACCAGAGAGACACCUUACAUGUGUAGAUUCUGUGACAAAACUUUUAAAGACAAAAAAUCUUGCCUUUCUCAUGAAAGAAUUCACACAGGAGAGAGACCUUACAAGUGCAGAUUCUGUGACAAAACUUAUAAAGACAAAACUUCUUGCAUAUAUCAUGAAAGAAUUCACACAGGAGAGAGAAAUUACAAGUGUAGAUUCUGUGACAAAACUUUUAUUCAAAAAGGCCACUGCACUGAGCAUGAAAGAAUUCAUACCGGAGACAAACCUUACAAGUGUAGAUUCUGUGACAAAACUUUUAAAGCGAAAAAAACUUGCACACAACAUGAGAGAAUUCACACAGGAGAGAAACCUUACAAGUGUAGAUUCUGUGAUAAAACUUUCACUCAAAAAGGCCAUUGCACUGUGCAUGAAAGAAUUCAUACUGAAGACAAACCUUACAAGUGUAAAGUCUGUGACAAAACUUUUAAUAACAAAAUAACUUGCACACAUCAUGAGAGAAUUCACACAGGAGAGAGACCUUACAAGUGUAAAUUCUGUGACUUAACUUUUACUCAAAAAGGCCAUUGCACUGUGCAUGAAAGAAUUCAUACUGGAGAAAAACCUUACACGUGUAGAUUUUGUGACAAAACUUUUAAAGACAAUAAAUCUUGCAUAUAUCAUGAGAGAAUUCACACAGGAGAGAAACCUUACAAGUGCAGAUUCUGUGACAAAACUUAUAAAGACAAAACUUCUUGCAUAGAGCAUGAAAGAAUUCACACAGUAGAGAAACCUUACAAGUGUAGAUUCUGUGGCAAAAAUUUUAAAGAUAAAAAUACUUGCAUAUAUCAUGAGAGAAUUCACACAGGAGAGAGACCUUACAAGUGUAGAUUCUGUGACAAAACUUUCACUCAAAAAGGCCAUUGCACUGUACAUGAAAGAAUUCACACAGGAGAGAAACCUUACAAGUGCAGAUCCUGUGACAAAACUUAUAAAGACAAAACUUCUUGCAUAUAUCAUGAGAGAAUUCACACAGGAGAGAAACCUAACAAGUGUUGAUUCUGUGAGGAAACUUUUAUGUACACAAAAAAUUCUUGCAAACUUCAUGAAAAAAAAUCACACUGGAGACAAACCUUUCAAGUGUAGGUUUUUGUGAAAACUCUUACUCGAGAAGGGAAUUGCCCUUACCAUGACAGAAUUUACACUGGUGACAAAACUUUAACAAAAGGAUUUUGCACAGUCCAUGAAACCAUUCAUACUAAAGAAAAGCAUGAUACAUGCAAGUUCUGUGGCAAAAAGUUCAUAACAAAAUUAGCCUGCACUAGCCCUAAAAUAAUGCAAAU